AUGUAUUCAAUUCCUAGAACUCUAGAAUCACUCGCUGACUACAUAAAAUGCUCAAUAUCACACAAAAAUCCCUUAAGCCUCAAACAAUUACCCCAAAUUCACGCUCAAAUACUCACAAGUGGUUACUUCCAUUCCACUCCUCUCCUCACCAGCUUCCUCUCUUCCUGUUAUCAUUCUCAGGACCCUCGCUAUGCUUUACUUUUCUUGGAAAAUCUACCAAAACCAAACCCAUUGCUGUGGAAUUGGAUGAUUCGUGUUUCAUUAGAAUCGGAAAAUUAUCGAGAUUUUGUGGAUAUCUACAAUGGGUUAAGGUAUAAUAAUUUGAUUCCUAACACACCUACGUGUUCUUUAAUUCUGCGUUCAUGUGCACUUACGUGUGCGACCCAGUUUGGGGAAUCAUUUCAAUGUCAGAUAUUGAAAAUGGGUUAUGAAUUUGAUGUGAUUGUACAAACUGGGUUGCUUGAUUUUUAUGCAAAGGUUGGGAAUUUGAAGUCAGCAAAGCGGGUGUUUGUGGAAAUGCCUGAAAGAGAUGUCGUGGCUAAUAACGCUAUGAUAUCGGCUCUCAGUAAACAUGGGUGUCUCGAGGAGGCGAAGAAUCUGUUUGAUAGUAUGCCUGAGCGGAACUCAUGUUCUUGGAAUUCGAUGAUCACUUGCUAUUGCAAGUUGGGUGACAUUGAUUCUGCUCGUUUAAUCUUUGAUCGUGAUCCUGUCAAAGAUGUGGUCUCGUGGAAUGCAAUUAUUGAUGGCUAUUGUAAGUUGGGGCAGCUAAUGAAUGCUGAGGAGUUGUUUGUUUGGAUGGGGGCAGCUAAAAAUUCUGUCACUUGGAAUACCAUGAUUGCAGGGUAUGUUCAAUGUAGGAAAUUUGGGAGAGCGAUAAAUGUGUUUCAGCAAAUGAUUGCUGAAAAUGUUAAGCCGACGGAGGUAACUAUGGUUAGUUUGUUGUCUGCAUGUUCUCAUCUUGGAGCCUUAGACAUGGGUGAAUGGAUCCAUGCUUACAUAAGAAGGAAAAAAUUUAGGACUGAUGUAGUUUUAGGUAAUGCUCUUAUAGACAUGUACUGCAAGUGUGGAAGUAUAGAUGCUGCCCUUGAUGUCUUUCACGGCCUUCAGGUGAAGAACAUCUUUUGCUGGAAUUCCGUCAUUGUAGGAUUAGGAAUGCAUGGUUAUGGGAAGGAAUCAAUAAAUGUAUUUGUCUCAAUGGAAAAGGAGGGAAUAAAACCAGAUGGGAUCACCUUUGUUGGGCUCUUAUGUGCAUGUAGCCAUUCAGGAAUGGUUUCAGCAGGUAGAAGAUAUUUCUCUCAAAUGCGUAGCUCUUAUGGUGUGGAACCUGGAAUUGAACAUUAUGGCUGCAUGGUUGACCUUUUGGGUCGAUCAGGGUUUCUUGAAGAAGCGUUACAGCUCAUAAGGACCAUGUCCAUGAAGCCAAAUGCAAUGGUUUGGGGAAGCCUGCUCCGAGCAUGUCAGAUUCAUAAGGAUACCAAACUUGGUGAGCAGGUGACCCAGCAACUGUUGGAGUUGGACCCAUGCGAUGGAGGAAAUUAUGUAUUCUUAUCCAACCUUUAUGCAUCAUUGAAUCGCUGGAAUGAUGUGGAUAUGUGCCGGAAGUUAAUGGUGGAGAGGGGAGUGCGUAAAACACCAGGGUGCAGUUCAAUUGAGGUGGAUAGUGUAGUGCAUGAGUUUGUGGCUGGGGACACUUCACAUCCCCAAUUCCCACAAAUUAAUUCAUUUUUAGAUGAGAUUGCAAAGGAAUUAAGAGGGCGUGGGCAUGAGCCAGAUACAGCUUCUGUGCUUCAUGACAUAGAGGAUGAAGAGAAAGAGAGUGCAGUUAGAUACCAUAGCGAGAGAAUCGCCAUUGCUUUUGGGCUAAUGAAUAUACCACCUGGAAAGGCAAUUCGGAUAGUGAAGAACCUUCGAACAUGCAGUGAUUGUCAUGCUGCUAUAAAGCUUAUUUCAACAGUAUUUAAGAGGGAGAUAAUUGUGAGAGAUCGGAAUCGCUUUCACCAUUUCAGAGAUGGGUUUUGUUCUUGUAAGGAUUAUUGGUGA